AUGUCCAAACGCGACCCAGACGCUCCCCCCUCCUACAGCGAGGCCAUCUUCUCGUCCCCGUCGUCGUCGUCGUCGUCUCCUUCCUCGUCCUCCCCAUCUCCAGCAGCAACCGUCUCAGCGCACCUCGCCACGCUAGCCGCCCGCCUCCGCACCCGCCACCCCGUCAUCGACACGCACGAACGAGACCUCACCACCCUCCUCAUCCCCGACGUCGAAGCCCACCUCGCCGCCCUGCACGCGGCGCCCCGUCGCGGCGCCCCACCGCACCGCGCCGGCCAGUUGACCCUCGUGCCCGCCGCCGCCGUCCCGCCGUCGUGGCACCCGAGCGAGAAGGCCGACGCGCCCGACGAGCUCUGGCAGACGGUGCGCGUGCGGGACGGCAAGGGUGUUGUCGGUGAUUCGUCGUCCGACGACGGUGACGCGCCGCCGGCCGCCGCGUCGGCUUCGACGCGCGAGUUUGACGAGUGGGGCGAUGGGAGGAUGGCGGCGGCGACGGCGGGGCGGCGGCGGCGGCGGCGAAGAAGGGCUGGUGGUGGUGGAGGGACGAGGCGCUGCCCAUGA